UGGCCAGCGUCGUCUAUAGUCUAUACACGCUCUGACGCGCGCCCGCGGCCUCGCCCUAGCUCGCUUCGCGGCCUCGCGCCCUCCCCUCCGAGUCGCAGGGUCGCACGAGCAGACAAUCACCAACACCCUUUCUGUCUUUCGCUUUCACUGCUCACCAUUUCGCGUCCUUGCCUCGCCCUCUCGCCGUAGCGAGCAGCUCUUUUUCGUCUCCCUCCCUCAUCUGCUACGCACCUUUGCAGAAAGAAAGGCGCCCGGAGGUAGGGGUAGAGGUAGAGCCCGAGAGCCCAACACCUCCACCAGCAGCAAAGCACCACCACCAGAGCCGAGCGCACAAAAGCGCGCGGCCGAGACGCGGGACAAAGCAACGGGCAGCCUGUACUGCCCGCUUCUAGCUGCAGCUACCCUCCAGUCCCAGUUCCAGCCCCGGCCAGGCGCUCGCAAAGUGCGGAGCCGCCCUCUCUUCGAGUCUUCGCUCGUGGUCUCUCUCUCCAGGUCGUGCAGUACGAUCCAUAUCCCGGAGCUCUUGCGCGAGCGACAUGUCCUCGGCGGCGGGCGGUGGAUACGGGGCUGCGGGCGGCGCCGAGCACCAGCACCUGUUGCUGGGGCAGGCCUCGGGGCAGCUCUACCACGUGCCGCAGCACAGCCGCCGCGAGAAGCUGCGGUUCCCGCCCGACCCGGCCGACUCGCCCCCGCCCACUGCCUGGCCGGCGCCUCCACCCUUCUACUCCUACGCGUCCUCGUCGACGUCGUCCUACUCGCCGCAUAGCCCAACGCUGGCGCACACGCAGCUAGUGGCGCACGCGCUACCUGCCGGCGCCGGGGCCCAAAUCCCGAGCCAGAACUUUGCGCUCUCGCUCUCUUCGGCGUCCUCGAACCCUCCGCCCGCGCCGCGGAGGCAGCUCGCCGCGGGGGUAGCCGCUGGGCCGUACGGCCCGUUCACGGGCUACGCGGCCGUCCUCGGGCGGUCCAGGUUCCUGGGCCCCGCGCAGAAGCUACUCGAGGAGAUCUGCGACGUGGGCGGACGGCCCCCGCACCUGGACCGGCGCUCCGACGACGAGGGUAUGCUCGACAUGGACGCGGCGGGGGGCGUGGACCACGAGAUGGACGGCGGUGACUGCGCUACCGCUGAGGCGGUCGCCGUCUCGGGCGCCGAGCAGCAGUGGAGGAAGACAAGGCUCAUCUCCCUCAUGGAUGACGUCUGCAGGCGAUACAAGCAGUACUACCAGCAGCUGCAAUCCGUGAUCUCCUCGUUCGAGACUGUUGCAGGGCUGAGCAACGCGGCCCCCUUCGCUUUCAUGGCUCUUCGGACGAUGUCGAAGCACUUCAAGUGUCUGAAGGGGAUGGUGAUGAGCCAGCUACGGAACACGAGCAAGGUCAUCGCCAACCAUGGGAUUAUUGCCAAGGACGAUAUGGCGAACUUCGCGCUCAUGGGUGGUGGAGCAGGCCUCCUGAGGGGAAACAGCGUGAACGCGUUCAGCCAGCCUCACAACAUUUGGAGGCCUCAAAGAGGGCUUCCUGAGCGUGCAGUGUCUGUUCUUCGCUCAUGGCUGUUUGAGCACUUCUUGCAUCCGUAUCCAACUGAUAGUGACAAGCAGAUGCUGGCUAAACAGACAGGGUUAACAAGGAACCAGGUGUCCAAUUGGUUCAUCAACGCAAGGGUGCGUCUCUGGAAGCCGAUGGUGGAAGAGAUCCACAACCUGGAGAUGCGGCAGCUGCACAAGACCACAUCGGUGGACCAGAAUCAACUCGGCAUGCAGCAGCAGAACCACCACUCGUCGGACGGCAGCGGGAGGCCUUCCUCCGACCCUUCGAACUCCCAGCGGGGCCAAAGCAGCGGCAUGACAAGAAACCUCAGCUCUCGGGCACCACGCCACAUCCAGGACGACGAGCUCUCCCAGAUGCCCCACGACAUGGCAGGACAGGUGAGCUUUGCGUACAGUGGGCUCCCCCCCGCGCACCACGGUCUCGCGCUGUCACACCACCACCACCCCCAGCAAGCGCAAGCUGAGGCGGUUGGUGUUGGCGGCGUGGCCGCCAGCAGCGGCGGCGGCGUUUCCCUCACGCUUGGCCUUCACCAGAACAACAACAACAACAGGGCAUAUAUCGCCGAGCCCCUCCCGGCCGCGCUCCCGCUCAGCCUCCCGCACCGGUUCGGGCUGGAGGACGUGAGCGACGCCUACGUGAUGGGGCCGUUCGGCGGCCAGGACCGCCAUUUCAGCAAGGGGAUCGGUGGUGGGCACAACUUGCUCCAUGACUUUGUCGGUUGAUCAAAUUCGUCCCUGGAAGUGUUUGUCGGCAUGUAUUGUAUUGUUAGGGGUAGUAGGGCAGUGGAAGAGAGACGACCGUUUGGUCCAUCUGCAUCCAAGAACGCUGUCGAUAUUUGCCAACUCGAGGUCUAUAGAGUGGUUGACGACAUACCGUUGAAGAUGUGUUCCAGUUGUAUGUUGUAGAGUUGAACGAACCCUAUCUGUUCUAAUCCCAGCUGGUGUGGCGUUAACACAUGUACCGCUGUUCCGGCCUUCGACAUGCAAGUAUGCAACUGAAGGUGAAGGUUGAAAACUGUGUGGUUAUUAGUUCUUGCUCCAUGUUGAU